AUGAUAUAUGGAUUCCAUUCUGUCAAAGGGAUCCGCAAGCAGAUGGAGGAUGCCAUUUUGAUAUUUCCAUCUCUCAGAACUAUCAAUCCUAAUUUGCAACUAGAAAUAGCUCUAUUUGGUAUAUUGGAUGGGCAUGGAGGAAUGGAUAUAGUGAAGUUUGUCGAGGCAAAUUUACCAUUUGAAAUUGCCAACCAAUUAUCUUUAAUAAAUGGAUCAAUGGAUUAUACAAUAAAGAAGGCAUGUAAUCAGGCGUGGAAGGUCAUUGACGAAAGAAUUUCUAACGAAUUAUCAGAGGCAAAGGAUGGAUGUACCGCAUUAAUCACAUUAGUUACAGAUGAAUAUUUUUAUAUUGCCAAUAUGGGAGAUUCAGCCGCCUAUCUUUGCCGCGUGAUCAACUCAGUAGUGCAUUCGAUUCCAUUGAAUGAUGUGCAUAGAACUUGGGUUAAUUGUGAAAAGGAGAGGAUACUCAAUAUGGGCGGAUCUAUCGAGGGGGGGAGGGUUAAUGGCGUGUUACAAGUUACUAGAUCCUUCGGCGACCUUCAUCUUAAAAAAUAUGGUAUAAUUGCCAGUGUAAACUACAAAAAAAUCAAAAUAGAUACAUCACUCGAUAAAUUUGUCAUCCUGGCUUGCGAUGGGUUUUGGGAUAGCGUAGGUUCGUUGGAUGCGUGCCACAAAACUAUCCAAUAUCUCAAAGAUAGCGAGAGAUGCUCGCUGGAGGUUGUAAAGGACAAUACCAGCACGUUAGAUGAUGUUUGUCGUAGGCUGGUUGACUUGGCCCUGUCUAACAAAUCACAGGACAAUGUAAGCGUUCUGAUAAUCUGCAUUGGAAAGACCACAAAUUAA